UUCGMGUUUCGACAAGGACUUGAACCCGACACCCGCCUCUGAUAGUGCAGGAGUUUGUAAUUUUGGUUUCAAACUCGAAGCAUUUUCCCAUUUCUAUUGGCAAUUAGGAAAACUGGUCUUCAUAAAUUUACUUAAUUCCCGAUAUUCCCAAGGAGGGAGAGGAGCUGGUAUCUGGUCAUUUCCAUGCAUGGGAGUGACAUAGGAGAAGCGAAGGGAGAAGUCGUAUGAUUCUGCCCGCUGUCCGUCCGUUUUCCAUUCCUGCUACCGCAUUGUCAACUCAGAGUGAUAGAAACGGAAGAGCCAGGGCCUUGGCGAAUAAUAAGUGGCACACCAGAAAACACUGGUUCCGGACCCUGAGGCAGCACAGAGGCCCCUGACUGAGGCGGCAGCAGUAUGAGUGUGGGUGAGGGCCAGUUCUACAGUGUGCAGGUGGGUGACUCCACCUUCACUGUUCUGAAGCGCUACCAGGAGCUCAGGGCCAUCGGCUCCGGGGCACAGGGCAUUGUCUGCUCUGCUCUAGACUCAGUUUUAGGUUUUCCCGUGGCAGUAAAGAAGCUGUGUCGGCCAUUCCAGAACCAGACUCAUGCCAAGCGGGCCUACAGGGAACUGGUGCUGCUCAAAUGUGUCAACCACAAAAACAUUAUCAGGUUGAUCAAUGUGUUCACGCCUCAGAAGUCACUGGAGGAGUUUCAGGACCUCUACCUAGUGAUGGAGCUAAUGGAUGCCAGUCUGUGCCAGGUGAUCCACAUGGACCUGGACCAUGAGAGGAUGUCCUACCUGCUCUACCAGAUCCUCUGUGGCAUCAGACACCUGCACUCCGCUGGCAUCAUCCACAGGGAUCUGAAGCCCAGUAACAUAGUGGUCAAGUCAGACUGUACUCUGAAGAUCCUGGACUUUGGAUUGGCCAGAACGGCCUGCACCAACUUCAUGAUGACCCCUUAUGUGGUGACUAGGUACUACAGGGCCCCAGAGGUCAUCCUGGGCAUGAAGUACAAGGAGAAUGUUGACCUGUGGUCUGUUGGCUGCAUCAUGGCUGAGAUGAUUGCACACAAAAUCCUCUUCCCUGGAAAAGACUACAUAGACCAGUGGAACAAGGUGAUUGAGGUGCUGGGUACUCCCUCCAUGGAGUUUAUGAACCGGCUGAUGGAGACUGUGAGGAACUAUGUGAUGAACAAGCCUCAAUACCCAGGGGUCAACUUCGCUGAACUAUUUCCUGACUGGGCCUUCCCCUCUGAUUCCGAACACGACAGACUCAAGACGGGUCAAGCUCGGGACCUGCUGUCCAAAAUGCUGGUGAUCGAUCCCGAGAGCCGCAUCUCAGUGGAAGAGGCCCUGAAUCACCCGUAUAUCCAUGUGUGGUACGAUCCAGGAGAGGCAGAUGCGCCUCCCCCACAGAUCUGUGACAAGCAGCUAGAGGAGAGAGAACACAGCAUYGAACAGUGGAAAGAGCUCAUUUAUGAAGAAUUGAUAGACUGGGAGGAGAGGAACAAGAAUGGAGUGAUGAAAGAAGAGUCCGAUGCAGUGAGGGGGUUGGCCUCCCAGUCGUCCUCGGCCAAUGACAUCUCGUCCAUGUCAACAGAGCAAACCCUGGCCUCAGACACUGACAGCAGCAGCAUUGACACACUCACUGGACACCUGGACGAGAGCCAAUGAGAUCACACCAGGAAGUGUAUAUGUUUCUCUCUAUUCUAGCUUACUUUGUCUCGCUUACCUCCUUUAUUUCUUUCCAUCUCCUUUUUUUUCUCUAACUUCCAUGCAUAGGUCUAUUUUUCUAAAGAAAAAUUGUGCGAUCUUGGACACGUAUAGUUUAGCUGUAACCCCAGAGCAGUGUUUCACUUCUAUCCAAAGCCUUAUUUUUCUGACUGUGUGUAAGAGGUGCAAGUUACAAUAUCUAUAUUGGGUUAAUAGCCUUUUUAUUAAUAUUUAAAGUAUUCUGUAAUAUAUUCUUCCAUUUUGAAUAUCUGUCGUGAGAAAUCUUGGCAAGGGCCUUGAUAUUUACUUUGCCUACCUUAACAAACAUUUUUUUUUUUUUUUUCAAUUAAGGCUAUAAAGAUUUUAACCUAAAGACAGGAGUAUCAUUAGAUUUGAACAGCUGCUUUCUGCAUGCUACAGCGACAAAGCUCUAAUCACAUGAUCAAAUGUUCAUCUGAUGAUCAACCACUAAUCACAUUUUUWGAUUGUUUUAGUUAGGUAGCAGUGUUGAGAACAAGUGAGAGUGGUGCCUGCUUUGAGGAUAGUGUUUUAAUUGUCUUGAGUGAUGUGGUUUGGAGCUGUUACUCCUCCUGACCUCCAGGGGUGGCUGUGGUUGCAAUGUAGAGGUUUUAUUUCCUUAUAAAUGUACUGUAUGUAAUAGUAUCAAGCURAAGCUCUGAUAAUGCACGUAGAUAUGUAGCUAGGCAUAUUUGUUUGUUAGACAUUCAAUGUACCCAUAGAAACAKCUUCUUAUAGUACAAUCAACCCAUAUGCCAUAAGGUACAAUGUGUAUAUUGAAAUAUCAUUAUCCUGUACAAAAAAAAGGUCCAUGAGUUUGAAUUCUUUGCUAAAUGUUGCACACCACUGAUGACGUUUGACCCAUACAAAACAAGACCCUUGUGAAAUGUUUUUAUUGAUAAUCAAAUGCACGGGGCAUCUUAUUCUAAACCAUUCCAUCAGUACUGGAAAUCCUUUGGGAGAAAUCAUGACAUAAAACAUUUAUUCUAAUUGAGGAUCUAGAGAUGUAGCAACUUAACAAUUGUUGUUCAACUUGCAUGGUGGCGCAUACACUGUACUUGUCUCGUGUGUGUGCUAUAUCGCUACCAUGCUGUCCUCUCAUCGUUCCUCUAAUGGAUUUUGCUUCUUGAAGACGAGGACAACCACAUCGGUAGGUUAAUGCCUAUGGACGGCAGGACAGUCACACAGUGGUGGAGCACGGCUGUUGGUUUGGAAUGUGGACAUGUCACAUAACUGUACAAUGCCUAGUGUGAUUCUGGAGCAGAACUCUGAGCAUAGAUGGAACCUUAGAACUAAACAGAUUUUGACRAAAAGUAACUCUGUUGAAUGAUGGAUAUGCACAAGCAGACAUAAUGUAGUCAGAGGAGGACUGUACCCCAUGUUUGUUUUCCUUUCAAACCAUGACGGCCUUAUUCAUUCAUCAUGCCUUAAACGACCGGAGGAGUGUGGCUCACUCUUUACAUCCUAUUUGUUAAGGACUGAGGUGUGUGUGUGUGUACCAUGUUUAAAACAUUCACUGUGUACAAACUGUACAUCUYAUGUUUUAUCUUGUUCAUUUCCUUUUAUUUUGUCAUUUUUAUAAUGUACUGUCUGCAAUGACAUGCUGUUUCACAAUACCACUUUGCCUUCAUGUUGUCCUUCCCCAUCAAUUAAAAGUGGACAACUCAAAGAA